GUGACCCACAGUGAAAGAGGGACAAGGAGCAUGGAGUGUUUUCUUCUUCUUCUACAGCAGUGAAAUUACAUCUCUAUUUGACCUUGGAAAAGAUCUCUUCCGUUUUCUUAGCAGCUGAAAGCCAGAGGUGUGCUUCCUCGGAAAUAGUGAGGGGGAUAGGAUUUGGCACACAGCUGAUCUGCUUGGAUGUUUCCUUUGCAGUCAUGAUUAAAAUAUUAAUUGUCUCACAUGGGGGACGUUUUCUAGCCCUGAAGGGAAAAUAAGAACGGGGAAUGGCUCCUGUGUGAAAGGUGGCAAAGGCACUUCAGUAUUAAACCAAGACUGAGACAAGAGUAUUUAAAUAAACACCAGGAACCACAGUAUUAAGUGACUCAAAGUAUCCUGCUGCAUAAUAGUAAGACACCACUUUGCCUUGUUGGAGGAAACUGGGGACAUAAGAUUUAGCCAAAUAUUCAAAAUGGAAACGCAGAGGUAUCUCCUAACCUAUAUGGGAGUGGUGCUCACUUUAAACCUUCAUCACCUCAUCAGAGCCAUUGAAGUCCCUCGAGAUCCGAGUAUUCAAGACUCAUUGCAUCAGCCCCCCACUAUUACAAAACAGUCUGUGAAGGAUUAUAUUGUUGAUCCAAGAGAUAACAUAUUUAUUGAUUGUGAAGCAAAAGGCAAUCCCAUGCCUACAUUUUCAUGGACACGGAAUGGCAAGUUCUUCAAUAUAGCAAAGGACCCAAGAGUAAACAUGAAACAUUGGUCGGGUACACUGGCUAUUGAAUUUCGCAGUGGUGGUAGACCAGAGGAUUAUGAAGGAGAAUACCAGUGUUUUGCCCGGAAUGAUUUUGGAACAGCCAUCUCCAACAAAAUAAACCUUCAAGUUUCAAAGUCUCCUUUGUGGCCAAAAGAAAACUUGGACAUUCAAGAGGUUCAUGAAGGUGCUCAGCUUAUCCUGGCAUGCAAUCCUCCCCCUGGACUCCCACCACCUGCUAUCUUCUGGAUGAGUAGCUCCAUGGAGCCAAUCCAUCAAGACAAGCGUGUCUCCCAAGGACAUAAUGGUGACUUGUAUUUCUCCAACGUUGUGCGGGAAGAUGCCCAGACUGACUACAGCUGCAAUGCUCGCUUUGCAUUCACCCACACUAUACAGCAGAAAAAUCCUUACACCCUCAAGGUCUUGACCACCCGAGGUAUCACAGAAAGGCACCCCAGUUUCAUGUAUCCCAUUGGGACUACAAGCAGUCAGAUGGUGCUGAGAGGAGAAGACCUCUUGCUGGAAUGCAUUGCCUCAGGAGUCCCAACACCAGACAUUGCAUGGCAUAAGAAAGGAGGUGAUCUCCCAGCAGGCAGGACCAAACUGGAGAACUUUAACAAGGCUCUUCAUAUUGCCAAUGUUUCUGAGGAAGAUUCUGGGGAAUACUUCUGCUUAGCAUCCAACAAAGUGGGCAUGAGCCGCCACACAAUCUCGGUGAGAGUGAAGGCUGCUCCUUUCUGGUUGGAUAAACCAGAGAACCUUAUUUUGGCUCCUGGUGAGAAUGGAAGACUUGUUUGCCGAGCCAAUGGUAACCCCAAGCCUUCAGUCCAGUGGCUGGUGAAUGGAGAACCUAUUGAAAGUUCCCCUCCCAACCCAAGUCGUGAAGUAACGGGAGAUACUGUUAUGUUUCGAGACAUCCAAAGUGGCAGCAGUGCUGUUUACCAAUGCAAUGCUUCCAAUGAACAUGGAUACCUAUUAGCCAAUGCUUUUGUCAGUGUAUUAGAUGUUAUUCCUCGGAUUCUUGCCCCUCGUAACCAGCUGAUCAAAGUGAUUCUGAACAACCGAACUCUCCUGAAAUGUCCAUUCUUUGGUUCCCCAAUUCCCACAUUACGAUGGUUUAAGAAUGGCCAAGGAAGCACGCUGCAUGGUGGGAACUAUAAGGCACAUGAGAAUGGGACUUUGGAAAUCAUCAGGGCUCGAAAAGAAGACCAGGGAACUUACACCUGUGUAGCCACCAAUCUUUUGGGCAAAGCACAGAACCAGGUUCGUUUGGAAAUUAAAGAUCCAACGAGGAUUAUAGAUGGGCCAAAAGAUGCUGUGCCAAAGAAAGGUUCCACAAUUCAUUUAGUAUGCCGGAUCAGAUAUGACCCUACAUUGAGGCUUACAGUGUCAUGGCUCAAGGAUGAUGUGCCCCUGUACUUAGGAAGCAGGAUGAAGAAAGAAGAAGAUGGCCUGACGAUAUAUGGAGUGUCUGAAAAAGAUCAAGGAUAUUACACCUGUGUUGCCAGCACUGAGCUAGACAAAGAUACUGCGAGAGCCCAUCUCACUGUUCUAGCUCCUUCUUCUGUUAACCGUAUGACCCUACCCAAAGCACGGCCUGAACGUCCUCGUGACCUUGAACUAACGGACCUUGCUGAAAGGAGUGUACGACUGACGUGGAUUCCUGGUGAUGAUAACAACAGCCCUAUCACAGAUUACAUUGUGGAAUUUGAAGAGGACAGAUUUCAACCGGGAACUUGGCACAACCAUUCUCGUUACCCAGGAAGUGUGAAUUCUGCUGUUUUGCGCCUUGCACCAUAUGUCAACUAUCAAUUCAGAGUAAUAGCUGUGAAUGAAGUAGGAAGCAGUUAUCCCAGCUUGCCUUCCGAACGAUACCAUACGAAUGGAGCACGUCCAGAAUUUAACCCUACAGGAGUAAAAGGGGCUGGAACAGCCAAAAAUAAUAUGGUCAUAUCGUGGAUGCCACUAAAUGCAACCCAGGUUUAUGGCCCCAACCUCAGAUACAUCGUGAAAUGGAGGAGAAGGGAUACACGAGAGAGCUGGAGCAACCGAACAGUAAAAGGCGAUGUCAGCCAGUAUGUUGUCACACCAACGCCCAUCUAUACACCCUAUGAGAUCAGAGUGCAAGCCAUCAAUGACUAUGGGGCUGCUUCAGAACCUGAAACCAUCAUUGGCUACUCAGGGGAAGAUUAUCCUAAGGCUGCUCCUACUGAUCUUAGACUCAAAGUUGUAAACAGCACAGCAGUCAGUCUACAAUGGAGUAGAGUGUACCCGGAAACCAUCCAGGGACAGCUUAAGGAAUACAGAGCUUAUUACUGGAGAGAAAGUAGUUUGCUGAAGACUCUAUGGGUUUCUAAGAAAAAGCAGUCUAUGGGUUUUAUUGGAGACCGGACACGGGGCAUAGUGUCCCGGCUGUUUCCUUACAGCAACUACAAAUUGGAAAUGGUUGUAGUCAACGGGAGAGGAGAUGGGCCUCGAAGUGAAACUUUGGAGUUCACAACACCUGAAGGAGUACCCAGUGCUCCAAGGUAUUUCAGAAUACGCCAGCCAAGCCUGGAAAUCAUCACUUUGGAAUGGGAACACCCUGAACACCCUAAUGGCAUUCUUAUUGGAUACACCCUUAGAUACCAAGCCUUUAACGGAUCCAAAAGUGGCAGAACAAUGGUAGAGAACUUCUCUCCUAAUCAGACAAAGUUUUUGCUCCAGAGGACGGACCCUAUAUCACGCUACAGAUUCAACCUGCGUAGCAGGACACAAAUUGGUGAAGGUGAGCCUGCCACAGGGGAGUCACCCAUUCCAUUGAAUGAAGUUCUUCCAACCUCAGUUUUAAUAUCUCCAACAACAAGCAACCAAACUACAGUUGCUGCAACUGUGGCUCCUACGACUACAGAAGCUACCACUGCAGCCACUGCCACAGAAGCUGCCACUACAGUUACCACCACAGAAGCUACCACCACCACCACCACAGAAGCUACAACCACUGCAGAAGCAACAACCAUUACUGAAGCUACAACCACUACAGAAGACACAACUAUCACCACAGUGGUUGCUAGUACAAUAGCUGGUGUUGGAAAGCAGUCCAUCUGGGACGUAAAAGCUUCACCUAACAGUAACUGGGCAAACAUCACCUGGAACCACACGUUUGAUCCUGAAACUGAGUUUGUGGUUGAGUAUAUCAACAUUAAGCAUUGGGAGCACGGGAAUGCUGCAGGGUCCUUAAUGCCACCAGAGAUCCUGUCAUCUCUCAGAGGUAACACCACAGUGAAAUAUUCCCCUGCUAAAGCCUAUGUGGAGCUGGAUAACCUGACUCCCGGGGAGAAGUAUAUAGUGCGUGUUUUCCCCAAAGGGAAUGAUACAGUCAGCUCGAAUGUAACCUUUCAGACAAGUCCAGCAUAUAAUAAGAACCAAGGGGACAUUGCAACUCAGGGUUGGUUUAUUGGACUGAUGUGCGCCAUCGCCCUCCUGGUCCUGAUUUUGCUGAUAGUUUGCUUCAUUAAGAGAAGCAGAGGAGGGAAAUACCCAGUGCGAGAAAAUAAAGAUGUUCCUCUCGACCCAGAUGACCAGAAGGUAGAUAAUGGCUCAUUCGAUUAUAGGUCUCUUGAAAGUGAUGAAGACAACAAGCCACUGCAGGGCAGUCAGACCUCAUUAGAUGGCACAAUAAAGCAACAAGAAAGUGAUGACAGCUUGGUGGACUAUGGCGAAGGAGGUGAAGGGCAAUUCAAUGAGGAUGGCUCCUUUAUUGGCCAGUACACAGUCAAGAAGGACAAAGAGGAGACAGAAGGCAAUGAGAGCUCAGAAGCCACAUCACCAGUUAAUGCGAUCUACUCCCUGGCAUAACAAAAAUACACUGAAAAAACAGCAAGAAGAAGAAACAUAAUCAAUGUGGGUCAGCAAAGUCACCAUCAACAACAGAAUGCAACCAGAGUAAGAUAAAAAGGACCAAACGCAACCCUGCCCAAGUGGUCAGCAGUGCCAUCAUCUCUUUAACAAACAAAGCAAAUGGCAUAGAUGCACGGGCUGCUGAAGGGAUUGUAGUGCAGCUGAAAUCUGAGCUAACUCACAAGAGAUCAGUAGAAGAGCAGGAUGCACAGAUCCUGCGCCCCAGGCUUCAGAACCUGACUGAAAUAAACACCCCUGUAUCCCCCCCCAUGUCUAAUUUGUGAGAUAAUGCAACUCCUUUCAUUAAUAAUGUACACAGCUGAAAAUUUUGGUUGUUUUUUAAAGGACUCACAGUUGUUCUUAAAAAAAGGAAUGCUCAAACAUGGGGAAUAUCAGGAGUGAAGAGGUAUGUGUGGAGAUAAAAAUAUAAUGAAACCUCCAUGCUAAAAGCAGCAUGAAAUCACAUUGCAGAAUUGGCUAUUGGUACGAAUGGCAAACUGUUUUAUAAACAGGAACCUUUGUGAUUUUUAUUUUAUUUUUAAUUUUUGUUGAGACCAUUGCCAGCCAGCCCCUGGCUUAUUUCUUGUUUCUAUGUGCCCUCAAGUCACUUCUGACUUAUGGCGACCCCAUGAAUGAGAGCUCUCCAAAAUGUCCUGUCAUACUUGUCCCUAAGCAAGAUAUAUGAUGCUCCUUCCUACCAGAUGGUACUGCAUUAAUCUUCACUAUAGAAGCUAUAUAUGCCAGGGUGGUGGUGUUGCAUUGAUCAAAAUUGUCUCAAAUCUCAGUCAGUGCUAUCCAUUAACUAUUGGGUCUGCCACAAAUAAUAAUGUGAGGUUUCACUCUACCAGUGCUAUUUAUUGUCUUUAUAUUCAAAGAAAGGGUUUAAUGGAAAUUGUUGCAUCUUUUUGUCAAUCCAGGAAAGGAAACAAAAUUGGCUUGUUCUUCUUCCUGAAGAAUUACUAUGGGAUGAUUCUUCAUUCUUGCUAAAAGAGGCUGUCCCUCCUAAGGCAUGCACAUGGUGUUAGCUACCAUCCCAGAAACAUGUGUACAGCAGGAAGGGAAAAAAGAGAAAGGGUGACUGAGAAAGUGCCACCACUCUGCACGUUCCUGCUGCUCAUCGAACCAGGAUGGUACCUGUUAAUGAUAACCUGGCAUUGCUCCUGCCAGUCACAUCUGUGAAAAGUUCAGGGAUUUCCUGUCCCUAUAUGUUUGAUGCAAAACUACAAUGCAGUCAGAAUCAACCCAAACUGAUCCAUCUUUCCAUCCUUCCUAUCAUUUACAUAUCGGUCAGGGUCCCAUUUUCUGGCUUUCAAGGUAAAGUCAUUCUCCAGCACAGGCAAGGACCUUAUAUGGUGCACUUCCUUUUGGUCAAUUAACCUAAAGGAGGCCUUUUCCACUAUUAAAUAAUCAGCAGCAUGAUGCUCACACUAUCUGGUAGUUACACAUCAAAAGCACUCAAAUCAAGCUAACUUGCUAACACGCAGUAACCCUGUUUUCCUCAGAUACAGAUUCUGUUGUGACACUGUUCUUCCAUAUAUGCCUUAAACAGCUUCAUGCUUUCCCUGAAGCUUAAUAAACUAUGAAUAUUUACCCAUA